GGGUAAACCUGAUCGGACAAACCGGUGCGGUUCUAUUGUUCCCAGUGAAAAUCUUUUAUCGAGCUAUUAUCAGGCUGUUCCACACAAAGCUGGACAUCUACAUAUAUACGACAUGGAGAUUGCUGUGAUGAGUCUUCAUGGCGUUUUUGAACAUCUUCGGGCACAAGCUGAAGUGCUCAGUGAGAGCAUUGAGCCCCAAUUCAUUCAGAUGGCCCUGAACUUUGAAGACUCCCGUCGAAGAUGGUUGCGACUCGAGCAGGAACUGAUCAGUUGUAAAGAGGUGGUCACCAAGGCUGAGACGGAGAAAGGUGCGCUGGAGGUCAAGCUCAAACACGCUCGCAACCAAGUGGAUGUGGAGAUCCGUCGGAGACAGAAAGCUGAGGCUGACUGUGCCAAACUGGAUCGUCAGAUCCAGCUUAUUCGAGAGCUGUUGGUGUCAGAAGGUUCUAGUAACAGCAUCCAGUUAAAUGAGGAACAGCGCUCAGCUCUGGCAUUUUUGAAUGCCCGUUCCCAGAAUCCCCCAAACCUCAACACUAGCAGACGAUUGACCACCAUUGAUGAAUCCGCCUCCAUUCUGUCAGACAUCAGUUAUGAUAAAACCGAUGAUUCUUUGGACUGGGACUCAUCUGCAAUUAGAACCAUUCGUCUCAAAAAGCGACAAAAGAGACGUUCCUCCCGGAAUCUCACAGAUGGGCCCCCUGCCAUUGCCAAGAGGUCCCGUUCCACCGGCCGGCCCUCUGAGAAAGGUAAUGAGUCUCUUGUGGCCAAGACCACUGUGACGGUGCCCUCAGAUGGAGGUCCCAUUGAGGCCGUCACCACUGUGGAAGCGGUUCCCUACUGGACCAGGAGCAGACGAAAGACCGCUGCUAUGGAGUGGGACACUGCUGACACCGAUUCUGUUCAGUCUAUGGAUGUGUUCAAGCAGCCCAGUCAGCCCCGUGGACAGCUCAAAGCCGAACCCAGCACUCCCCAGGGCAAUGGAGGCAUCCGUCUACAUGAGUUUGUCUCCAAAACGGUGAUCAAGCCAGAGUCUUGUGUGCCAUGUGGCAAGAGAAUCAAAUUCGGGAAGAUCUCUCUGAAGUGCAGGGACUGUCGUGUGGUCGCCCACCCCGAGUGUCGGGAACGCUGCCCCUUGCCCUGCAUUCCAACUAUGGCUGGGACACCAGUCAAAAGUGAAGAGGGCACCCUGGCAAACUUCGUGUCCAACACAUCUCCCAUGAUUCCCUCACUAGUGGUGCACUGCGUGAAUGAGAUCGAGCAGAGAGGCCUGCGUGAGACCGGUCUGUACAGAGUGUCCGGCUCCGAUCGAGUGGUCAAGGAACUUAAAGAGAAGUUCCUGCGUGGGAAGACCGUUCCUCUGCUCAGCAAGGUGGAAGACAUACACGCCAUCACAGGGCUCCUCAAGGACUUCUUGCGGAACCUCAAAGAGCCCCUGCUGACCUUCCGCCUCAACCGUGCCUUCAUGGAUGCUGCUGAGGUGCCCGAUGAUGGCAAUAGCGUUGCGUUGAUGUAUCAGCGCAUCAGCGAUUUGCCACAGCCUAACCGAGACACUCUGGCUUUCCUCAUCAUCCACCUGCAAAGAGUGGCCCAGAGCCACGACACAAAGAUGGACGGCUACAAUUUGGCUCGUGUGUUUGGGCCCACAAUUGUGGGUCAUGCCGUGCCAGACCCAGAUCCCAUGACCAUCUUGCAGGACACAAAACGGCAGCCAAAAGUGGUUGAGCGUCUCCUGGGUCUGCCUGUGGAAUACUGGAGUCAGUUCAUGAUCAGUGAGAACGAGCGAGGUCACAAUGACCACAUGGUCUUUGAGAACGCCAACGUCCAUGCCACACCUGACCACAAAACGAGUAUGUUUGGGCCCCUUACGACCCCUGACCAGCAGAUGAGCAAGACUCCAUCAACUAGCUCGCUCUCCCAGCGCAUGAAGAACGCAACUCUCAACGCAAUCACUCCCAAAUUCGGCAGCAGAAGCAAAGCUGCCGCCAGCGUUCCUCGCCAGGGGAACUUCUUUGCCUCGCCCCUGCUGAAGUAGCACUGGAGCGCAUUAGCUCUCAAGUUUUCUUUUCAUUGGG